UCGCGAGGGACCGGAAGUGCCGUCUCUGCCGAGGCUGAGGCCGCCGCUGCUGCCUUUAAGUGGCCUGUUCACCGCCUGGGUUGCCGCUGGCGCCGCCGCCGAGGAAGCUGCUGCGUCCGGGACGGGAGUGGAGGCGGCGCGGCAUGAAGCGGCGCAGGCCCGCUCCGUAGCGCGCGUCGGGACGGUCCGAGUGGGGCCGGGGGGAAGGAAAAUGCAACAUGGCAGCAGCAAUGGAAACAGAACAGCUGGGUGUUGAAAUAUUUGAAACUGCAGAGUGUGAGGAGAAUAUUGAAUCAGAGGAUCAGCCUAAAUUGGAGCCAUUUUAUGUUGAGCGAUAUUCCUGGAGUCAGCUUAAAAAACUACUUGCUGAUACCAGAAAAUAUCAUGGCUACAUGAUGGCUAAGGCACCACAUGAUUUUAUGUUUGUGAAGAGGAAUGAUCCAGAUGGGCCUCAUUCAGACCGGAUUUAUUACCUUGCCAUGUCUGGUGAGAACAGAGAAAAUACACUGUUUUAUUCUGAAAUUCCCAAAACCGUCAACAGAGCAGCAGUCUUAAUGCUCUCUUGGAAGCCUCUUCUGGAUCUUUUUCAGGCAACCCUGGACUAUGGAAUGUAUUCCCGAGAAGAAGAACUAUUGAGAGAAAGAAAACGCAUUGGAACAGUUGGAAUUGCUUCUUAUGAUUAUCACCAAGGAAGUGGGACAUUUCUGUUUCAAGCUGGUAGUGGGAUUUAUCAUGUAAAAGAUGGAGGGCCACAAGGAUUUACACAACAACCUUUACGGCCCAAUUUAGUGGAAACUAGUUGUCCCAACAUACGAAUGGAUCCAAAAUUAUGCCCUGCUGAUCCAGACUGGAUUGCUUUUAUACACAGCAAUGAUAUUUGGAUAUCCAAUAUUGUAACCAGAGAAGAAAGGAGGCUUACUUAUGUGCAUAAUGAGCUGGCCAACAUGGAGGAGGAUCCCAGAUCAGCUGGAGUUGCUACCUUCGUUCUUCAAGAAGAAUUUGACAGAUAUUCUGGCUAUUGGUGGUGUCCAGAAGCUGAAACAACUCCCAGUGGUGGCAAAAUUCUUAGAAUUCUAUAUGAAGAAAAUGAUGAAUCUGAGGUGGAAAUUAUUCAUGUUACAUCCCCUAUGUUGGAAACAAGGAGGGCAGAUUCAUUUCGUUACCCUAAAACAGGCACAGCAAAUCCUAAAGUCACUUUUAAGAUGUCAGAAAUAAUGAUUGACUCUGAAGGAAGGAUUAUGGAUGUCAUAGAUAAGGAACUAAUUCAACCUUUUGAGAUUCUAUUUGAAGGAGUUGAAUACAUUGCCAGAGCUGGGUGGACUCCAGAGGGAAAAUAUGCUUGGUCCAUCCUACUAGAUCGCUCCCAAACUCGCCUACAGAUAGUGUUGAUUUCGCCUGAAUUAUUUAUCCCAGUAGAAGAUGAUGCCAUGGAAAGGCAAAGACUUAUUGAGUCAGUGCCUGACUCUGUGACACCACUGAUUAUCUAUGAAGAAACAACAGACAUCUGGAUAAAUAUCCAUGACAUCUUUCAUGUUUUUCCCCAAAGUCAUGAAGAUGAAAUUGAGUUUAUUUUUGCCUCUGAAUGCAAAACAGGUUUCCGUCACUUAUACAAAAUCACAUCCAUUUUAAAGGAGAGCAAAUAUAAACGAUCCAGUGGUGCACUACCUGCUCCAAGUGAUUUCAAGUGUCCUGUCAAAGAGGAAAUAGCACUUACCAGUGGUGAAUGGGAAGUUCUUGGCCGGCAUGGAUCUAAUAUCCAGGUUGAUGAAGUCAGAAGGCUGGUAUAUUUUGAAGGCACCAAAGACUCCCCUUUAGAACAUCACUUAUAUGUGGUCAGUUAUGUAAAACCUGGAGAGGUAACAAGGCUGACUGACCGUGGCUAUUCCCAUUCUUGCUGCAUCAGUCAGCAUUGUGACUUCUUUAUAAGUAAGUAUAGUAACCAGAAGAAUCCACAUUGUGUGUCCCUUUAUAAGCUAUCAAGUCCUGAAGAUGACCCAACUUGCAGAACAAAGGAAUUUUGGGCCACCAUUUUGGAUUCAGCAGGUCCUCUUCCUGACUAUACCCCUCCAGAAAUUUUCUCUUUUGAAAGUACUACUGGAUUUACAUUGUAUGGGAUGUUGUACAAGCCUCAUGAUCUACAGCCCGGAAAGAAAUACCCCACUGUACUAUUUAUAUAUGGAGGUCCUCAGGUACAGUUGGUGAAUAACCGAUUUAAAGGAGUCAAGUAUUUCCGCUUGAAUACCCUAGCCUCUCUGGGUUAUGUGGUUGUGGUGAUAGAUAACCGAGGAUCCUGUCAUCGAGGGCUUAAAUUUGAAGGCGCCUUUAAAUACAAAAUGGGUCAAAUAGAAAUUGAUGAUCAAGUGGAAGGACUCCAGUAUCUAGCUUCUCGAUAUGAUUUCAUUGACUUAGAUCGUGUGGGCAUCCAUGGCUGGUCCUAUGGAGGAUACCUCUCCCUGAUGGCGUUAAUGCAGAGAUCAGAUAUCUUCAGGGUUGCUAUUGCUGGGGCCCCAGUCACUCUGUGGAUCUUUUAUGAUACAGGAUACACGGAACGUUAUAUGGGUCACCCUGACCAGAAUGAACAAGGAUAUUACUUAGGAUCUGUGGCCAUGCAGGCAGAGAAGUUCCCUUCUGAACCAAAUCGUUUACUUCUCUUACAUGGAUUCUUGGAUGAAAAUGUCCAUUUUGCACAUACCAGUAUAUUACUGAGUUUUUUAGUGAGGGCUGGAAAGCCAUAUGAUUUACAGAUCUAUCCUCAGGAGAGACACAGCAUAAGAGUUCCUGAAUCUGGAGAGCAUUAUGAACUGCAUCUUUUGCACUAUCUUCAGGAAAACCUUGGAUCGCGUAUUGCUGCUCUGAAAGUGAUAUAAUUGCGACCUGUGUAGAACUGUGGUAUACACUGGCUGUUUAACCAAAUGAGGAGGUUUAAUCAAUAGAAAACACAGAUGAUCAUCACAUUUUGGUACCUGCCAAACAUCUACUCCUGAAAGUAAAUUUGGUGCCAUGCAGGCGUCUACAAUUUAUGGAUCAUAAUCUGAUACCUUAACCAUACAUAUACAAAACUGAAUGAUAAAUAUUUCUAAAGGACCCAGAAAUACCACGAGAAUUACUGAAAAAAAUAAGACAUUUGCACCAUGUAUCCGAAAUAUCCUGUUUUCACUUUUAAUAGCAUUAUAAACCUCAUGGAUUUUAUUAGUGUAUUUUUACAGUAUUAUUCUGAGUUUGUUAAAAUAUGAUGAUAUUAGUGAUUGGUUUGGUUCAAUUCCAAAAUCUGACUAGUUUCAGAUUUGAUAGCACUUAAAUGUAAUUGAAUAGCUUAUGCUUCAUUGCUUGGGUGUAUCCAGCAUGUUAUGAACUAAUCACUAUUAAACCUAACUUAACCAGUCAUUAAUGAUUUUUCAAGGAUAACUUAGUGGCCUCCUAAAGACACUUAUUUUGGCUCUGACCAUUUUUAGCCAACUUAAAUUGUAUUUAGUAUAAAUAAUUCUCAUUUUCUUUUGAUGAUAUGACAGAGUGGGUUUUUCCUUAUGCAUAAAGGCAAGUAACUGUAUAUGUAGCAUGAAUUGAAUUAGUCUUAUGAUAUUGGUAAUUACAGGCAGAAAAAUUUGAUUAGAGCUUAAAUAUUUGCAGGCAAGUUUCUUUUUUUCCUUUAGGAAAAAAAAAGGUACACAUUCACUUGUAUUCUUCAGAAAGUUUUAGUGAUGCCAGUUUCCAUUUUACAUUUCCUUAUUAAAAUGUUCUGGAGUUUAGGAAGGUUGAAGUCCCAGAAUCGCAGUGGGGUGGGGGAGACCAGGGUGAGGGGAAUGACAGGGAGAGGAGGUGGCAGGGUCUGCUUAAGAAUUAAGCAGAAGUAGUUAAGUAGUUUUAAUAGAAAAACUCAUGAAAAUGUUUGGGAAAUGAAAUUUAAACUCACAGAAUGUCAAGAAAACCAGAAUUAAGUAAUAGCUCUCUUGCCAUUACAGUUGCAGACUAACAUUAUUCAGGGGAGGAAAAGUUGCUUAGAGUUACUUUUAUAACUUUAAUUUUUUUGUUAUUUUUAUUUUACUUUCAGAAACCUUGGAAAUUUAAGCUUACCCUUUUAAAAUUAUUUGAAUAUAAUUUAGAUAGCUGUGAGCUUAAAAUAAAAAGGUUUACAGACAACCUCUUUGUCAUAAGCUAAUCCCCAGCAAGCUAUGACUCUUUUGUGGUUAAAGCCUACAAACAGGUUUCUUGAGUGGCCAUGACGUUUUCUUGGGUAAGUCCUAGCAUUUGGCUAUGAAAAGAGUUCAUAGGCUUUCGGGUGCUAAUUGGGAACUGCAUUGGCAGGAGUCUUGGGAUGCUAGAUGGGUCACAUUGGCACCACUGGCAGAGACGGCAUCUAUGAGUUUGACCCUUUUUAUCCCAAGUUUCAGUGUUGAGAAAGUUGUUGUACUUUUAAACAACACUCCAAGAAAAAUUGCUCUCUUUCUUUGUCAUCACUACAGAGAGAGCAGAUUUCUCCAAUAGAGAGCACGGCCUCUGUUAGUAAGGAUAAUGACUAUGCAUGAGAGGUGUAUUUCAUCAUUUAGGGCCAGGUGGGAGGUGGGAAACCCCAGAAAUGGAAGGCUGACUUAGUGGUUCUGUCCUUGGGAAGAUUAGGUUUUGCUGUGUGUAUUUAUACUGUAUAAUAGAUACCACAGUUUUUCUUAUUGUCUGUGUAUGUAUUGAUUUCCAUGUUUAUAUUUUCCCAAUGCAAAAUUUGUUUAUAUUUUCCAAUGUUAAAUUAAAUUGAUUUGGGUAACUUUUCUUCCCCAAGAAAGUAUUUUCCCCCUUGACUUAAGUAUAUAUCUGACUGUUGAGGGUUUUUUGAGGGUUGUGGGAAGGACUAAUUGGCCUCAAAGAAUCUGUCCUUAUAUGAAAUAGAAAUGGUAGCUUUUAGACAGCUACUCAUUUGAAAUCUUUCACUCAUUAAGGCUGUUUCUUCAAAAAUGACUUCUCUUAUUUUACCAAAACAAACUUAGAAAACCUCAUGUACUCUUGAAUUCAGAAGUAUUUUCCUUUUGCAUCUUGCCUUCUUUCCUCCUAUCACAAAGGGUGCUGCUUUUAUCACUCCCAGUCACUUACCUGCCGUUCUACUUCUUUAGGGGGAAAAAUACCUGACUAAAUUGCAGAAGAUGGCUUGACUGAAUUUUGUUUUUGCUGCCAGUGUGGAACAUACCACAGUUAAUUGAAGCAGUUACUAACUAAAGCUGUUUGUACCCUGGCUAUGGGUAAAAAAAAAAAAGCAAGAAUGUAUAAAAGAAGCAACAUUUGGUGAGAGCCAAAAAGCACUAAGUUCAACAUCAUAGUAGGUUUUUGUAGGCUUGAUAAAUGGGUAUACUUGAACAACCAUCAAGAGGCAUAUUAUAAUUACUUGAGCAUUGUAGAACAGUGGAACUCAGAAUCUGAAAUUCAUCUGGGAUGCUUAAUAAAGGAAAUAGAGUCUUGAAUCUCGCUCUUAGAAGAUUCCAUUGAUUUGAGUAGAGACCAGAAAUGUGUAUUUCUAACAAGCUUUCCAGGUGAUUCUAAAAUGAGUUACCUGUGGACUACUUUAAACAACUUUUCUUUAUGAGACUCUGUCUCUAAAAAAAAAAAGAAAGAAAGAAAGAAACUCUUCUAUAGGGACUAGAGUUGCAUUAGGGAAGUAAUAGGUGAAUUUUAUACUGGACUAUAAGUAGAACCUAAAACAAUAACUAUUAGCCCCUUCUCACUCUGAAAGCAGCAGAAGAUAUUGUUUGUGUCCUCUUUGUCUGGAGAUUCAUUUUGGAAUGAAGGUUUUUCCCUCUAUGCCAUUUCUGGGUCUUUCCCAAAGUUACACACAAGAGGAUGAAGUCACAAUGCAUGUGUUACCUUUUUUUAUUAAAGAGACGGGGUCUCACUUUGUCACCCAGGCUGUAGUGCAGUGGUACAGUCGUAGCUCACUGCAGCAUCAAACUUCUGGGCUCAAGUGAUCUUCCUGCCUCGGCCUUCCAAGUAGCUAGGACUACAAACAUGCACCACACUCCCAGCUAAUUUUUUGUAGAAACUGAAUUUUGCUAUGUUGCCCAGGCUGGUCUUGAACUCCUUCCUGGGCUCAAGUGAUCCUCCUGCCUUGGCCUCCCAAAGUGCUGGGAUUACAGGCGUGAACUACCACAACUGACCUGCAUUACCUUUUAAAAGAAUAAGAUACACAUAUUGAUGCUUACUUUUUUUACUACCUUAUUUCUUAUAGAAGGUAUAUCCUACCUCUCUAUACUAUCAUUCUCUUUAGGUGGAAUGAUUCCUAUAAGAUCUCUUGUUAGUAUUAGGGUCAUACAUUUUUCAAGCUGGAAUAACUAUUUGAUUUAAUCUAAUCUAAGGUUAUCAUUUGUUAGAAAAGCAACCUGCAUACUAGAGACAGGAGGAAAUAUACCUAUGGCCACCCAGCCAGUUAGUAUUCAUGGUACUAGACUCCAUUCAGAUAUCCUGACUCAUAGUAAUCAAAUGAUAUAUAGAAAAGGUAAAUUUUUAAAGAAGUAUUUAUUAAUAUAUUCCUAUUAAACAUUUUAAAGGUAACCACAUAAAUGGUUGGUUUUUCCAUUCUAGAGUAAAUGCUAAGCAUGCUUUUUAAUAAAGCAGUACUUCUAAUUAGUAUAUGACAUUCUGAAGUUAAUUAAAAUCUUUGCACUAAAGGUGUCUUCCUGGAUGUGUGGGGCAUUUGAGGACUGGGAUAUAGAGUAGAGUGCUUGCUUAAGCCUGGGAGCCCAUCUUACAGCUACUUGAUGUCUGGAGAGACAUGGCCAUAUUUAAAGUAAAAUAUGUAAGGUGAGUAUUCAUUCCCAGCAGAUACAAAGAAAGAAGGAAACUUCCUGAUUCCCACCUUUGCAGCCCCAUCAAGCCCUCCAUCAUCAUCUAGCCUAAAAUAGAUGUUAGUGUAAGAUGCUGAGCUGUAGGUAAUCAUUUCACAAGUCCUUCACAGAGAAAGAAAAAGUAGUACGUGUAUAUUUGUUUUUAAAUAAUCCAAAUACAAACUUAUGUUGUAUUCAACAAAAUUGGGAUUCAGGUCUUUAAUUUUAGAACAUAAAGUGCCUGCUAUUUUGAGCAUUGACUUGUAUAAAAAGAAUUGCAUGUCUCACUCCAGUAAGUUUAUUGGUUUUCUCAUUUUCGGCUACAUGGCUUUUAAUCAUGUAAAGUGAAACAUUAGUUUUGUUGCAUUUUAUUACAGGUUCUUUGUUGCAAUAAAGCUGCUGCUGAAAUUAA